GGUCCGCAGUGGGAAGCUGAUGAUCACCAACACGAGGAAGAGCGACGCCGGGAAGUACAUCUGCGUGGGCACCAACAUGGUUGGCGAGCGGGAGAGCGAGAUUGCCGAGCUCACUGUCUUAGAGCGGCCCAGCUUCCUGAAGAAGCCCAGCAGCCUGGUGGUCCUCGAGGACAUGAGCGCUGAGUUCAGCUGCAUGGUGCGGGGGGACCCGGUGCCCACGGUGCGCUGGAGGAGGGACGACGCAGAGCUGCCCAGCGGCAGGUAUGAGAUCUCGGAGCAGCACACGCUGGUGAUCCGCGGCGUGCGCCUGGCGGACGAGGGCUCGUACACGUGCGUCACGGAGAACAUGGUGGGACGCAGCGAGGCCUCCGCCAUCCUGGUCAUCCACGUGCCCCCAGACUUCGCCCUGCACCCCAGGAACCAGGUGGCGUCAGUGGGCAGGACCGUCACCUUUCAGUGCCAGGCCUCUGGAAGUCCCCAGCCCGCCAUCUUCUGGCAGAGAGAGGGGAGCGAGAGCCUGCUGUUCUCCUCACAGCCCCCACAGCCCUCCAGCCGUCUGUCCGUGUCUCCGUCCGGCAGUCUGACCAUCAGCGACGUGCAGCGGGCCGACGCCGGCCUCUACAGCUGCCAGGCGCUCAACAUCGCGGGCAGCGUCAUCACCAAGGCCCAGCUGGAGGUCACCGACCUGGUGUCGGAUCACCCCCCUGUGAUUCGCCGCGGCCCCACCAAUCAGACGGUCCCCGUGGACAGCAAGGUGCUGCUGAUCUGCGAAGCCUCCGGAACUCCAACUCCCACAAUCCACUGGAGGAGGAACGGCGUGCCCGUGUCCCCGCUGGAGGCCUCAACGAGCCUGGUGGACUCGGGCUCCCUGCAGCUCACACACACCAAGGUGGGAGACAGCGGCUCCUACACCUGCGUGGCGUCUGGUCCCAGCGGGGAGGCCACCUGGACGGCCUACCUGGAGGUGGAAGAGUUUGGCGCUGAAGUCGCGGCCGGCCCCCCCCUCAACCCCCUGCUGCUUCCCGCCGCUCCGUCCAAACCGGAGGUCACCAACAUCAGCCACAGCAGCGCCUCCCUCUCCUGGAGGACCAAUCACAACGCAGGGUCCACGCCCGCCUCCUUCCUCGUCGAGGCCUUCAGCCACACGUUGGGCAGCAGCUGGGUGACGCUAGCGGAGCACGUGCGGACCCCCAGCUGGGUGCUGACGGACCUGAGGCCGGGCACCGUCUACCUGUUCCUGGUCCGCUCCGCCAACGCCCACGGGCUCAGCGACCCCAGCCCCAUCUCCGACGCCGUCCGGACCCACGAAGCCCCGCCCAGCCUGCAUGGGGUGGACCCCCAGCAGGUGCAGAGGGAGCUGGGAGACAUGGUGGUCCGCCUGAACCCCCCCACCACCCUCUCCUCCUCAACCCUGCGGCUGCAGUGGACGGUGGAGAAGGAGACGGCGUACCUCCAGGGCUACCGGGUUCUGUACCGGCCCUCCCCGGAGCCGGGGCACCCCGGGGGGGCCUGGAGCUUCCUGGACGUGCGGACCCCCGGCGAGGCGGAGGUGGUGGUGCCCCAGCUCAGAGGGGGGGUGUCCUACGAGUUCAAAGUGCGGCCCUUCUUCGAUGAGUUCCAGGGGCCCGACAGCGAGGUCCGCACGGCCAGGACUCUGGAUGAAGCUCCCAACAGAGCCCCUCAGGGGGUGACCGUGACAAAGAGUGAUGCCAACGGGACCACUAUCCUGGUUGCCUGGAGACCGCCUCCCGAGGAGGACAGGAGCGGCGUGGUGGAGGAGUACAAGAUCUGGUGCCUGGGGAACGAGAGCCGUUACCAUGUCAACCAGUCGGUGGACGGCUCCACCUUCUCGGUGCUGAUCCCCCGUCUGGAGCCGGGGGUCCGCUACAGCGUGGAGGUCGCCGCUAGCAACGGGGCCGGCCCCGGGGUCAGGAGCGACGUCAAGUUCUUCAAACUGGACUCCACCGGCCAAGUGAUGCACAGCUUCGAGGAGAGAAACGCGCUGUCGGAGCUCUCCCACGUGUUGAGGCAGCCGGCCUUUAUCGCGGGCAUCGGCGCCACCUGCUGGGCGUUCCUGAUGGUGUUCAGCGUGUGGCUCUACCGCCACCGAAAGAAGAGGAGCGGCCUCAGCAGCAGUUACACCGGCAUCCGCAAGGUUCCCUCGUUUACCUUCACGCCCACAGUGGCUUAUCAGAGAGGGGAGACGGUGUGCAGCGCUGGGAGGCCUGGACACAUCAACAUGGGUGACCCUCUGAACCAGCUGUGGCUGGCUGAUAACUGGCCCAACGGCGGUGCCAGUCACAAGGAGCGCAGCGUCAACUGCUGCAACAAUGCGGACGGGACCGGAGACGGCGGCAUGAUCACCUACAGCCGGCCAGCGGACUGCAUCGCCAACUACGGCAGCCACCUGGACCCCCGCGGCGGCGGCGGGCAGGAGGACAUGCUGGGCUCCGACAACGCCAUCUACAGCGACCUCAACCUCGGCGCCGUCACCCCCGGCGACGCCUUCGACGGCGCCGGCCUGUGCUACCUGGGGCCGGGCGGCGGGGGGGCCCCCACCUACGAGCCCGUCCCCUACGCCACCACCCAGCUCCUCCAGGCGGCCCUGCAGAGGCGGCCGGCCCCCCGGCCCCCGCUGGGCGCCCGCGAGUACCACCUGCUGGAGCAGAGCCGCGGCAGCAAGGAUAAUUUCGGCUGUGGUGGUGACGGAAUCCUCCAGAACACGAUGCCUUAUAAUGAGGUCAGAGGUCAGAUCUCCAACCACCUGGUGGAAAGAGUCAGUGUCAGUCCAAACCACAAGAAGGGCAGCAGGAACAACACCAACGUCCCCAAGCAGAUUGCAGGGAGCUGGGCCCCCCCGGCCCCGGAGGACUGGGUGACAGACGAGUACUCCCUCCCCAUGGGGAAGAGUACGGAUCUCGACUCCCAGCGGCCGGCGGUCCCCAAGAGGAUGGUCCGUCACCAUGACAACCCCUCCCUGGACCAGGAGGAGGACGAGGAGGAGGGGAGGAAGAAGAUGAUGAUGGUGAUGAUGAUGGGCGCGGAGAGGAAGGACGGCUGUCCCGCCCCGCCCGUGAGAGGGACGUCUUCCUCGUCCUUCGCUGGGGAACCUUCCCACGGCCCCCAGACGUCCACGGGGGUCCUGGUGCAGAUUGCUCAGGGGCCCCCCAGCCGGGAGGAGCCCUCUGCCAGGCACCGCAGUCUCCCUCCUCCCCCCCAGACCCUGAUGCCGACUCACGCCUACGCCUCCUCCCCCUCCCCCCCUCCCCCCCACCUGCUCCUGGAGGCCCAGGCAGCGGAGGAAGACCCCGACGAAGAGGAUGCUGAUGAGGAGGAGGAGGAGGAGGAGGAAGAGGCUGACUUUGAGCCGUCCGGCGGUCACCUCCCCCACCAUCAUCAUCCUCACCAUCACCCACGGCAACGCCGCGAGGCUCCGACGCCGCACCAACAUCAGCACCACGGCUCCCCGCACAGGAUCCAGCUGCGGGGGCUGCCGCCGACGCCAGGGGCCGGCGGCGCGGGGCUGGCGCCAGGGGCCGGCGGCGCGGGGCCGGCGCCAGGGGCCGGCGGCGCGGGGCCGGCGGGGGUCCACAGCUGGGGGUCGGCCUCCGAGGACAACCUGUCCUCCGCCCGCUGCAGCAUGGGCAGCACGUCGGAGGGGGCCCUGUUCACGGACCUGGAGCACCUCCACCCGUCGCUGGGGGCCCCCGAGGGCCCCGGGCCCGCCGGAGGUCUGCAGCGGGCCCCCGAGGAGACAGGCCGCCGGCCGGGCAGUCCGUUAUCUACCGACGGCAACGUGAGCGCCGCCGCGACCCACAGACGACCCCGCAAACACAAACCAGCCGCCGCCGGUCACCACGGUUACCCGCCGACGGCGGGCGCGUUCUACGACGACUCCUGCCUCGCGCCCCCAGACCCCCCGGGGCCCGCGGCCCUGGGGGGGGGCAGGGCCCGGGGGGCCACCCUGCCUCGGAUGGGCUCCGGGGAGCCCAGGGCCCGCAGGGGCAGCUCAGGGGCCCAAAGGACGCCGGCGUCAGGGGAGAGAGGAGGCGGCAGGGGCCGACAGCAGCCAGGUUCCGCGGAGCCCCUCUCCCAGCUCUCCAACGGCCCGUCGCUCCCAUCCAUCCCAGCUCCUGGGAGCCCAGACGUCGUCCUCUGCGCCGGGGCGUCAAGGACGGCCGACGCAGAGGUUCCUGCGGAGCUGGAGGCCUUCCAGACCCCUUUUGAGGAAGAGGAGGAUGAGGAGGAUGAGCAGGAGGAGGAGGAGGAGGAGGAGGAGGAGGAGGAGGAGGAGGCGUAGUGCCGCGGCGGGGGGGGUUCACCAAGGUUGACCAGAGCCGGCCUGCAAUUGCACAACAGAUGGAGGAAUGUGUUCCUUACUAUAGGGGAGGAGGAGCGGAACAACACUGCACAUGACUUAUGAUUUCAAAGCAACGUGACAUCUCUUUUAAGGGGACCGGGAAGGGGGGGGGGGGGGGGACUCAGCCAUCUUGUUCUGGAGUCGAUGGUCUCCUGAAGUUGAGCACUAUUUAUUGUGGGGUUGUUGAUCGACGGAUCGGAUUCCACCCACUCGUACGGCGGUUCCCUCGAUGGUCACGAUGAAUGACGUGUAUAAUUAAUGGGUGUUGUGAGUAGUAUAUGGAAAAAAAUGUACUGUUAUUUUACGGUAAUAAAUAUUCGUUCAUGACCACCACCCAUUGUGUAAAUUGUUUACAACGUUUGAGUGUGGCUUCAUAUUUAAUUUUCUAAAGUACUGAUUCUAAAGAACUGUCGUUCUGCUCCUGGUGUUAUCGUGUCCUGUUGCAUUAUGGGUAAUACAAGCACAAUCAUUUCAUUUCGUUGAAUGCCUUUUAAUGGUCCUUCCGUCUCCACUGAGAUGUAAACCACUGUCUUAUUAUCUCUACAUCAGUUGUUUCGAUAAGGGGAAAGGGUUGGGUGUCUUUGGAUGUAAAUUUGAUCUGUGCAAAUUUGAGUGGUGUGUGUGUGUGUGUGUGUGUGUGUGUGUGUGUGUGUGUGUGUGUGUGUGUGUGUGUGUGUGUGUGUGUGUGUGUUUCUUUGUGUGUGUGUGUGUGUGUGUGUGUGUGUGUGUGUGUGUGUGUGUGUGUGUGUGUGUGUUUGUGUGUGUCAACUGAACAUUUGCAUGAAUCACUUCUUGUCGGACCUCUAUUCGACGUCCAUGUGUCCUCCCUUCUGGCUAAUCGACGAACAUUUGAUAUUUCCAGAAAUUUCCUGAAGUUCUUUGCUCUUUAGCGCUGCCGUCUCCCUAAAGGUUAUAACCAUUUAAAUAUUUAUAGAUAAUAUUAAAAAAUAAUCAAAGCCAGAUUUGGUCAAAGAUUUAUCUUAUUUCUGUUUUUCUUUUGGGCGAUAUGCUUAUUCAAGAUGUUUGUUCUUAUGUUUUAUUCAAGACAAAGUUUCAACUGCCUUGUGAUUCUCUGUCUCCAGAGUACGGAGUCUUUGCAUCCCGAGCUCACUGUAUCCAUGGUGCCAAAGCAAUCUUUGUUUUUAAAAAAGAACAGUGUUUUUAUCUGAACAUGAACGCAUUUGAAUCAUCGUGAAAGUAUAAAAGAAAGGAAGUUAUUCGAUAAUCAGCUUCAUCAACUCCAUCAUUGUCAUACGAUAUGUUCACGCUUCAGCUUGUUUUGUUUUUGUGCCACGAGGGUGGAAAAGAAUAUCCGCAAAGAAAGGGGGAACAUUUUGCAAUUUGUAAACAGAUCUGUGCUCCAUUUUGUAUUUUAUUCAUCGCUGAGAAUGUAAUGGAAUCAGGGGAAGAACAAGUUUGUAAUCUCUGCUGCAUUAUUUAUAAUUAAAACUUUCUCAAAUGCA